UCUGCUAUGUUCUGCUCACUGCGCCGUGACAGCAGGAUCUCCAAGAACCGUCAUCUCGAAGCCACUGAAGCCAUGAUCAAACUGCAUUGCUUGGGCGCUGGUGCUGGAGUGACGGCUAUCUAUAAUGGUGAACCCAGCAGUUCAUGGGCGCUGUCCAUGAGAGGGAAACCUUUCUUCUUGGCAGAUCUGGGUGUUGGCGUCUGCAAAUCCGCUUUGAAGCAUCUAGGAUGCAUCCCCUCGACGAUCUUCGUCAGCCACAACCAUAGUGAUCAUGCGGCAGAGCUCCCUGUGGUCCUGGCAGUGGAAGGCCUGCAGAGGAAACGCUUGAUGCAAGUGGUGGCAGCCCCAGAGGUGCUGUCCAGGCUUCAGAGCCAUCGAAUGCACGAGUUGCAAAGCAGCGGGCAUCAGAUCGAUGACUUUGCUCGCUGGGUCGAUGCUCCCGAAGAAGCGACCAUUGAGCUGGAAACUGAUGUGAACACCAUGAAGCUGACAGCCCAUCGCUCUCGUCACAGUGAAACCUGCUUUGGUGCUUUCCUGGAGUUAGGCGGCCUCCGCAUCGGUUGGACUGCAGAUAGCGGCUUCAGCCAAGGUCUGUUGGAUCGCCUGAGCCGCAACUCGCAACUGUUGAUCGUCGAUGCGCGAGCUGUUGGAGGACCUGAACACGCAAGUUUCCAGGACAUUGUGGAAUACGUCUCUUCGAAACCCGACCUGGACUUUUUGGGUGUACGGCCGGAGCAGAGUCAAUGCCAAGUGGCAGUCAUCGGCUAUGGUGCCCAGAGCGAGUCCCCCUCUUCUGAAGAUCUGCCGAGCAGUGCUGUACUCCGACCAGGAGAUGUGAUUGAGUUUUGUGAGGAUACUCUGCGACCAUAUCGUUGCACUGCAACAACCUCCAACUGUGGGUCAAGAGUUCUGCUUUGUGGCUGGUGCCAGUGAACACGCCAACAACGGAGGUGAACAUCUGGGCAGGCCAUUGUAGAAUUCCAUGGAGACAACCUGUGAUUCUCUGCAAUUCCUAUAGCUGACAUGGCUGGGCCAACUUCUGCAAAUUCAUGGGCCAAAGAUGAGCCAAGAGUGACAACAUGGAUUGGAUCUGGAAGCAGUGCCAGGACCCAAAGUCAGGGUCGGAAGCUGAGUAAAGCGAUGGCCCAGAGAAAGCUUCACAGCAGCGGCGCAGUGGGAACAAUCUCGCCUGAUGGCUGGGAGGAAGAAUCUUCGUUUGACGCCGGCCUUCCUGGCCUUCAUGGCCGCGUUUGCGAGCAGGAAUGUGGUUUGUCAUUGAUGCAGCGAGGGACAGGAUGGUUUGAGCAGAAAA